UUGCCGCCCGGCCGCACAUGUGUUUCUGUUUUGUGUUGUAGCAUUUGUUCUGGAAGCUCGUAUUUACAUUUUAAGUGUAUCUGGUGAGUGGGCUGGAGCCCUCGUCCCGGCCGGGGAGAGACGAAGCCGUUGACCCGUCUUUCAAUCGCUCCCCUUCCCUUUUCUCAUCACUCCAACCAGCCCGCGACCAUGCCCAGGAAGAAGGGGGCGGCCUGGGAGGAGCCGAGUUCGGGCAACGGCACGGCGCGCGCGGGGCCUCGGAGGCGCGGCGGCCCGGCGGGCAGGAAGCGCGAGCGGCCCGAGCGCUGCAGCAGUAGCAGCGGCGGCGGCAGCAGCGGCGACGAGGACGGCCCGGAGCUGGACGGGGCCCCCGGCGGCGGCAAGCGCGCGGCCAGGCCGGCGGCGGCGGGCAAGGCGGGCGGCGCGGCCGCGGUUAUCACGGAGCCCGAGCACACCAAGGAGCGCGUCAAACUUGAAGGGUCUAAGUGCAAAGGGCAGCUUUUGAUUUUUGGGGCGACCAACUGGGACUUGAUCGGACGGAAGGAAGUCCCUAAACAGCAAGCUGCUUACCGCAACCUCGGUCAGAAUUUGUGGGGGCCCCAUAGGUAUGGGUGCCUGUCGGGAGUCCGGGUGCGGACUGUGGUUUCGGGUUCAUGUGCUGCCCACAGCCUCCUCAUCACCACAGAAGGGAAACUGUGGAGCUGGGGUCGGAAUGAAAAGGGGCAGCUGGGCCAUGGUGAUACCAAGAGGGUUGAAGCCCCCAGACUCAUUGAGGCCCUCAGUCACGAGACUAUCGUGCUGGCAGCAUGUGGGCGUAACCACACCCUGGCGCUGACAGACACUGGCUCUGUGUUCGCCUUUGGAGAGAACAAGAUGGGGCAGCUGGGCCUCGGGAACCAGACAGAUGCCGUCCCAAGCCCUGCUCAGAUCAUGUACAAUGGGCAGCCGAUUACCAAGAUGGCCUGCGGGGCUGAGUUCAGCAUGCUGAUGGACUGCAAAGGCAACCUCUAUUCCUUUGGGUGCCCUGAGUAUGGCCAGCUGGGACACAACUCGGAUGGGAAGUUCAUCGCCCGGGCACAGCGGAUAGAAUAUGACUGUGAGCUGGUACCCCGGCGGGUAGCCAUCUUCAUCGAGAAGACCAAGGAUGGGCAGAUCUUGCCUGUCCCGAAUGUGGUGGUUCGAGAUGUCGCCUGUGGCGCUAACCACACACUGGUCCUGGACUCACAGAAGCGAGUCUUCUCCUGGGGCUUUGGUGGCUAUGGCCGGCUGGGCCAUGCGGAGCAGAAGGAUGAGAUGGUACCCCGCCUAGUGAAGCUGUUUGACUUCCCGGGACGUGGCGCGACCCAGAUCUACGCGGGCUACACCUGCUCCUUUGCUGUCAGUGAAGUGGGUGGCCUGUUUUUCUGGGGGGCCACCAAUACGUCUCGUGAGUCUACCAUGUACCCGAAAGCAGUGCAGGACCUCUGUGGCUGGCGGAUCCGGAGCCUCGCCUGUGGGAAAAGCAGCAUCAUUGUGGCAGCUGAUGAGAGUACCAUCAGCUGGGGUCCGUCGCCAACCUUCGGGGAACUGGGAUAUGGGGACCACAAGCCCAAAUCUUCCACUGCAGCUCAGGAGGUGAAGACCCUGGAUGGCAUCUUCUCAGAACAGGUGGCCAUGGGCUAUUCACACUCCUUGGUGAUAGCCCGGGAUGAGAGUGAAGCCGAGAAAGAGAAGCUCAAACGGCUGCCCGAGUACACCCCACGCACCCUCUGAGGCAGGGUGGCACCCCCCGUGGCAGCUGUCGUUUUCACGUGCACUGGGACCUGAAGUCAGACAAGGAAUUUAGGAAGCAAAAGUUGACCGAAGGUGCACUGGGUCAGCCUCCCUGCGGUUCCAUUUCCAAGGAGUCAACAUUAACUACCUUUUCUGUAUGCUUUCCAAAGUGUUUUCCCUCAUUGUUUGAUUAAAACAUUUGCUCAUAGCCAGCUUGCCUUUCUGCAAGACAGGCAGGAACUCUGAGCAAUUUAGGGUUUUUUUUUUUUUUUUUUUUUUUUCUUUCUUCCAAGUUGUAUUUCUCUUUUCACCCUCCUGAGUAUCCUUGUCCAGCCCUUCCAUUCCAGCCAUAAUUAGCAUUGUGAUCCGAGUGGGUGCCACGUGGGAGAGAAAUAGCCACUUUCCCAGACAGAAACGGCCCUUCCAGGAACCAGCAGCCUCUAGGCCAAGAACUCCCCAGUGGCCGUCUCCACCCAGACUCCCCGCCCGCCUGCCUGCUUUGGGAGACCUGGUCACCUGCUUGCAGGCCCUCCCGCCUGCCCUCACCUCUCCCCAUAGCUGUUGCUGGCCUGCUGUCUGCAAGGCCCACUGCCUUUUGGCUGAAGCAUUUGUGGAACCAGCCAUUUCCCCCCUGGUGGGGGCUCUAGGGUCUGUGUUUAGCUCUCAAGUCCAAAUGAGAAUUGGGGACCAUGGGAUGUGGGGGUGGGCGAGGUGGGGAACCUUUGUGUUGUUGAAGGGCCUGGUUUUACGGCUCCCCGUGGAGCCCAGGCCGAGCUUCCAGUUAGAGACCAGCCAGCAGUCAAGUGUGUUCUCAGUCUCCUGUGACCCACUGUUACCACCUGCGUGCUUGGCCUGUCCGCUCCUGCCGUCCCCUCUGCCUGGGAUGGCCACCCUGUUCUGAGACUUGGUCAUUCCUCUGCUGGUCCCAAUGCUCUUGGGACGCUCGCAUUUGCUUGGCUCUGGUACCAAAUAGUUGGGAUUCCUGCCGAAAUCCCCUGUCCCGCGUGUCAGCGCAGAUGCUGUGACUGCCGCCCACAUCCCCACAAGUGCCCUCUGCCCGAGCCCGUCCUGGUAUUGACUUUGCGGCUGAGUUCCGAGGUGCCUUUCCCGGAUCCCUCCUCACUGGACCCGAGUGGUGGCAGCUCGGGCUGGGGCCCCUGGUUUCCAGAGGGUCUGGGCUGUUUCGGCUGCUUUAACUAGGUUUAGUUCAGUGGUGCUCUGGGGGAGAUGGGGAGAAGGAUUGACGUGUGAGGCUGGGUGGAUGGGAAAGUUAAUUCUGGUCUUCAAAUUUAUGGUUUCGCUUUUGCUAUUGUGACGCUUGUUACUGUCUCUGUGUUAAAAUGCCAAAAAUGGUCUAGUUGAUGCUUUCCUCCUGCCCCAGCACACUCCAGCAGCUCUGGCUUCGCAAGGUGUGUCUGUCUUGGCCUUGCCUUGGCCUGGCGGGAACGGAUCCGAGUUCCCACUGUGUCCCAUCGUGUGUCCGACUAUAGUCAGUCCGGGGACAAGCUUCCACAGUGGCAAUGCUUCUGCAAAACUAACCUGCUUUGUCCAGGUCACCCCAGACACCACCCCUCCUUCCAUGUGCCGCCUGAGCCCUCCCUGGUCUCUGCCUAGUGACGCCCAGUGUCUGCUUCUUCUGUCCUGGAGUUGUGUGGUCACCAAGAGGGCUGAGGACGCCUGAGCUGAGCUGGGCUCAUCUUUCCAGGGAGCAAACUAAACCCAGCAGUCAGUCCCUCUGGAUAGAGCAGGGGGGAGGGGGGAUGGGGGAGUGAGUUAAAAUAGCUUCUAGGGAGAGACCCUUGAGCCCAGCCACAACCCCUUCCUUUAGGCUAAAAUGUCCACUGAGCUUUUCCACUGGGAAACGCCUUUAGAACAGGGGGAUGGUGGAAAGCCCUGGGUGGAAACGGCUCUGGCCGCCCAUGGGCUCCUAAGUCUUCCGGUCAUCAACAAGAAGGUAGCAUGAAGGGAACAAGCGAGGAUGAUGUGAUUCGGUUGAAGGUGCCUGGUUUAGUGCUGUUAAUUGUCUUAUUUUUUUUUAUAUAUAUAUUUCUUGGAGUAAACAUUUUAAAUAAACGGCAUCAUUGUUUACUCU